AUAAGAAUUGAUGUAAUGGGUGUGUCCCAGAAAUUUCCCAGGUAUCCAAAAGCACAUUUUCAACUGGUUCAUCUGGAGUCAGACGAAGAACUUGCCAAAUUACCAGAAAAAGAAAGAUGGAGGAUCGAGCAUCAGAGGUUACACGAGAAACACCGAGGUCACGAGGCCAUGCACCUAGAGAUGGUGCUGAUUCUGAUUGCCACACUAGUGGUAGCACAGAUUGUUCUGGUCCAAUGGAAACAGAGGCAUUUCAAAUCAUACCAAAGAGCCACCUUGUUAGGGAUGUGGUUGUUUCCAGUGGGGUUCUGUCUCAAGUUUGGAUGGCAUCGUUUUAUUUUUGUGUGGAGUAUAUUUUCAAUCAUCACAGGAUUUAUUACAUUUAAAGCCACCAGAAAACCUAUCUCAGGGAGUACACCAAGGUUGGUGUACAAGUGGUUCCUGAUAAUAUACAAAGUCAGCUAUUUCUUAGGCAUUGUGGGCUAUAUGUCAGUGAUGUUCACAUUAUUAGGACUAAAUCUUAUUUUAUUAAUCAAACCACAAGUCUCUAUGGACUUUGGACUUUUACUUCUUUUCUAUGGACUCUACUUUGGAGUAGUAGCCAGAGAUUUUGCUGAAGUGUGUUCAGACACCAUGGCAACACACAUUGGGUAUUAUACACCCACAGGGCUUCCUGGUAAGAGACUGGACCCCAAUGUGUGUGGAAUCUGUGGGAACCCUAUUUUAGUCAUGAACAAUGAUGAUGCAAUAAUUGAAGCUACCUGUAAAUUAGGCUGUGAUCAUAUAUUCCACGAGUUCUGUAUACGAGGCUGGUGUAUAGUGGGGAAGAAGCAGACUUGUCCGUACUGUAAAGAGAAAGUGGAUCUCAAAAGAAUGUUUCCUAGUCCCUGGGACAGACCAGAUAUUCUAUACGGAAAUCUUCUGGACUGGAUCCGAUACCUUGUUGCCUGGCAGCCAAUUAUCAUUUUACUGGUUCAGGGUAUCAACUGGUCCCUGGGACUAGAGUAAACCCCUCAGAUCAAAGCCUAGAUACAAACUUACAUUGCUAGUGACUAAUUUAUUAAUUUUGCUACAAAGCAGCAGAUGUGUUCAUUAGAAUGAUUAUCCAAGUAUACAUGUGUUUAUGAUUUUAUGCCCCCAUCCUUAUUGUUUUUGGGAUCAAAUAGUUUGUUUGUUUCAGUGGAUGCAUAGAUGUGCAGAAGUUUAUUUUUAUGUUAACCACAUUUUGUAAUGCGGAUUCCGUCUUGAGUUUUAAAAAAAAUGUUACAUGUUUCCAUUUUGAAAAUUAAGUUGAAUGAGAAUCGGUGUCAUCUCCCCUUUGUUAAAAGACUAACAACCAUAAUAUGAUGCAAAUUUAAAGUUGCUCUCAAUAAUUCUUCUUUUUUUUUAAAUAAUGAUGAGCAGAUUUAAAAUAGAUUUGAUGUGAUUUAGCAUAAUGAUUGAUAAGGUUGUUUAUUGUAUUAAAAUAAAAAAAAUUGGAU